GACUGAAGCUACAACAGACGAGCGUGUGGCUGCAUACAUUAAUCGAGUGUUAGAAUCGGAGUAUCAGUACGACACAAAGCGAGAGCUGACGCAAAGCCUACAGUCACACUCAGCGCAUCGAGGUGGCGCAGCGCAUGCAAGCUCCAACGCUAGCGUCAACCUGGCUGAUUUGGCCCACCGGGGGCUCUGGUCCAUGGAUGGAAUUGCUACCUUAAUCGAAUACAUAUCGCCAACGGCGGCUAGCAGCCAGAACGUUGCAAAGGUGCUCGGAGGGUGGGCGGACACAAAGCAGGCUGGUCACCCGCCUACGCUUGCCGCUUGACGAAGCUGAAGGGUAGGCAUCUCUCCGAUGUUCUCGUCCAGUUCUACACAGAAGGCCUGGGUUCUAUUCCAAAGGAACGAGGAAAUCGCGGGCAGAAGGAUUGCCUUCGAGCUGUUAAAAUCGUUGCCUACGUUGCCGACUUAGCCAGCAUCCCACCAGUUCCUGCAUUAUCGCGAGAGGUGGACAGGGUUCAAUGGGUAUCGGUAUAGUCAAAGCCUGGGGUGAGCUAACUGAUCAACAGCGGGCGGCUUUUCACUCACUACCGCGUAUCCGAUUCUUAGCAGCAUGAGAGAGAUAGUUGGAGGUCUCUUGGUCAAGUUGGGAUUACACAAUGCAUAUGUAACUUGAAUACACGUCAUGCCACCUUCGAUGCACCACUAGCUCCCGAGAGCACCACCAGCUUCAACGACAUGAGCAUCGCCAGAUCGGAGUGCACCACGAGCUCCAAAAACAACGCUGCAUCCGCGAGCACCACAGACUAAUUCCGAGAGCGGCACGAGCUCGGAGUACCCCACGAGGUCUGACAGCAGCACGAUCUCCAGGAGCAGUACGAGCUCCAAGUGCGCCAUGAGCUGGGAGGGCAGCACGAGCUCCGAGUGCGCCAUGAGCUCCGAGUGUGCCAUGAGCUUCGAGGGUAGUACGAGCUGCGAGGGCAGCACGAGCUCUGAGAGUACCACUAGCUCCGAGUGCGACAUGAGCUACACGAGCAUCACUGAGGCCACGAGCACCACCGAGAUCACACCCACGACCAUCUACAUGAGCCCCACCAGCUCUGUGUACACCACGAGCGAGCAUCGAGGUCACCACGAGCACCACUGAGUAACGUCCGCGAGCGCCACCGAGUCCAAGAGCGUCACUAACUGCACGAGCACCACCACGUCCGCGAGCCCCGCAAAAACUCCAGCUCCGAACGCAUCACCACACCACCAGCGAGUCAUCUCCUCAAGCGCCACCGAGUCUGCGAACACCACCAGGCCCGAGAGACAGCACCGAGUCUGCGAACACCACCGAGCCCACCAGUGCCCCACUGUGUGAGCCGCCUCCUCUUCCUUG